AUGAAAUAUUAUAAGCAAGGACAAUUACUUUGUUACAUUGGAACAUGGAUGCCUUUUAUUAUAUUAGUCACGAUAUUUCUAUUCUUCUAUGGAGUUUAUAUGUAGGUAUAUGACUCCUAUUAUUGUUCAAGACCUACUUGUUGCCAAGAAUAAGAUCGGAAUACAUUGAAAAACCAGUCAUAGAAAUAAACACUUACUUGAUUCAAUUAGUACACAUCAAUGACUAUGUCUUCAGCAAUUCAACUGUGGUAAUUACAGUAUUAUUGCAUACAAUACUUGUUCUCUUUUUAAUUACAUUAAUAAGGGUAGUAACAAUAUUGCCUGGGAAAGUGCCUAAGGAAUGGCUGAACAGAGUGGAGGGAGAGAUCAACAAAAUGAUAGAGAAUGAGGAGAAUAUGAUCAAUUUUCACAAGAAGGGGUCACAAACAUCAACAUCCUUCUCUUCAGAAAUAGAUGAUGAACAACGAUUGCAAUUGAAUUCUAAAGCAAGGUUGGAAUUGAUAGAUAAGUCUGGCCAUCGGUUUUGUAAGAAUUGCUAAGCCUUUAAACCAAAACGUUGUCAUCAUUGCCGUUAAUGUAAGACGUGCUGGUUAAAAAUGGAUCAUCAUUGUCAAUGGCUCAACAAUUGCAUAGGUUAUAAUAAUUAUAAAUUGUUUAUCAAUCUACUUGGUUAUUCAUGUAUAAGAUACAUUAUUAUAUCUAGGGUUGCUAAUAAGUUUUAUAAUGAUAACUUACAGUCGUUGCUAUUAUGACACUCUAAACUCAUAUUCAUCUGAUAGUAAACUAUUCCUGGUCUCCUUCACUUUUCUGUAUUGUUGUUUUUUGUGGAUACUUUUAACAGCCUUCACAUUAUUCCAUUUAUGGUACUCUAAUUCAUUAUAAUGAGAUAAAUAGGGCUAUCAAAUCUAACAUCACAACCCUUGAAUAUUGCGAGAACAAACCCAGACAACCUGUCCAGAAGAGUGCUUUAGAGAACAUAGUUGAAGUGUUUGGCACCAAUCCUUUAAUUUGGUUCUUACCCAUUUAACCAAAUACGAAACCAAUAUUGGAUUGA